UUUUCAAUUUCACAUUCAACUUCCGGGUUUCCAAGAACUGACAUUCACCAAAACAAACCGCGGGCAUUUACAUAAGUGUGUCACGCGAACCUGGGUUUCUCGGACCACAAGAUUGUUAUCUUUCUCUUGUCGCUGGACACUACAACCUUGACCAUCAAUAAUCUGGGACUUCAAAAGAUCUUGGGUUACAUUUGAAGAGAACUACAGCUCAGAGAAAAUGGUGGAAGGCUCGUUGCGCAGCGUGGAUCCCUUGGCGUAUUAUGUCAAUACCUUGUCUGAUUUUGAUGCUGGGUUAGUCGACGCUUACAAAAAGAAAGACAAAGAGAGGAUCAAACAACUAGCGUCCACUGGUAACAUGAUGGACAUGGAUCUGUUCAUUUGUGUGAACAAGGCUUGGCACGGAUUUGUUUUGUGUGUUCCGGCGGGUGAAGAUCCCAACCAUUUGGCCGAUUUUUCUGACGUCAUACAAUCUCCCUUCGACGUGCCCGGGCUUAGUCUGUGCUGGCAAUUCGAGCUGUGCAUUGAAGACGAAAAGCUGCGUACGUACAAGAUACGCAAGGAAUGCCAGUUGUUUAAAGAUGUCAAGGGAAGAAUUCGGCGCAGCUUUUUCAUCGGCAGAUUCAAGGAAACCAGCCUGAAUGCGCUGCAGUUUGUUGCCUUGAGAGCAGCUCCUCACAGGUACAGCGUUCUCCUGGAGGACUGCGUCGAGUUUGCCAAGGAAUUUUGCAUCCAGGCCCUCGCGUAUUGUUCCAACUGGCGCGACCUGGAGGAGCAGGUUCACAGUAAUAUCAAUAAGGCAACCGCUACUGGUUUUAGCGCCGAAAAGCUGUCGCGAAACAUUCGCAGCUCGGGCUGGCUGGGCAAUACAUUUCUUGGAGGUGUGGACGUCAGUGGCUUGAUGUCGAGUCGUUAUCGAGUUGCCGGAAUUGUUGCUUUAGCUGCCUUCCUACUCUUUUAUCCUUUCGUUGUUGCUGUCAUUGUCGUUAAACUACUGAAGUAACUUUACAAAAGUUAAAUCCUGAAUGAACGUCGUUAAAUAAUAUAGACUAUAAACGGUAAGUAAGUUGAGCUUUCAGAGGAACUCAACCUCUUUGCCAUGACAACCUCGUUCCCAUGCCGUUUUAGCUUUUCCCUCCCUGGUUGCGAGAAACCCAGACCCGGGCUAAGUAGUUUGUAGACCUCCAGCGCAAAGCAUUUCUAUUGAAUCAAACUGAAUUGAUUUUGCUCAGAACUUGGCUUCUAAUAAUACUCUAGCCUUUUGAAGAUACGAAAUUUCUCUUCUCGUGAUGAGAAAUAUUUCAUGGGUGAGCAGGGUGAGCGCAACGAACGACCGAAAUACUUUUUCAACAAGAGAAGAGAAAUUUCAUAUCUCUGCGCGGCCAUUUAAUAUCCUCUAUUAAUAGUCAUCGUCAUCAUCAUCUUCAUCAUGACAUAUAUUUAACCAGAGUGAACCCGUCAGCAUAAAGUGUUAUCGAUGAUUGCCCUGGGCAACUAAAAACAACAAAAAAAUAUAACUCAAAGAAUAUACUACAAUGCCCAUGGUAUGGAAAUAGUUAUGUUAUGAGUCUGAAAAACCUUACUCCGUUCAGACUUUCAGCUUCUGUUAAAAGUGAUGUAACAACCAGGAGAUUUUUAUUCAGUAGCCAGGAAUUUCCAACAGUUCGUUGAAAAAAUUGAACAUUAACGUGAAAGUCUCAGUAGAAAAACCCUUAAAAAGUUGAUUUCUCAGAAUUGGAUUGCUCAUCCCUACUGCGGGUGCACGAUUUUCGCGUUAAUAGCGCGCACACGAGCCCGCGCACAUCAACAUCCAGAGACAGUUCCUUCAAACUAAGCUCGACAACGAAAUAAGUGCUAGUUUUCCCUUAAAGGAGCAUGGUGACCUAUAUUUUAGAUGUAUUUUUUGAAACACUGCUUGGUAGGGAACAUUUAGUGAAAAUUUCAAAACAAAACAACUUUUAUUUCUGAAGAAUCACCUUAGUGAGAGAACAACCUAGGUUUAUGAUCUCCGAUAAGUGUUAAUCGGCAGAAGUUUAAGUUUUUUUUUUAUUUAUUUAUUAGUUAUAUUUCAAUAAAAGAGUCUUUAUUGUUUUUAUAGCCCUAAAAUAAAGAAGAACUGUAGCCUGCGA